ACAUUAAGAACCUAUUUUCAUUCAACUUCUGUUUCGCAGUCGCUCACUUUUAUCAUGGCUCUUUUCAAUAAGCUCCAGAUUGUUCUCGGAUUUUUAUCGCUGCUACACGCAGCAUACUCUGCGGCCCAACAUCGCUCCUACCUUCGAAUUACUGAACAAGAAUUUUCCCAGCUUCCGAUUGAUAUAAUCGCCCAAGCCAUCGUUAGCUUGCUGUACAUAAUCUACAACAUUCUGCAGGUGGUCGGCGAUUUUAAGGAGAUCCGUGCAGCUGUCGAUUUGCAGGCAAAGUCGUGGGAAACCCUCUCCAAUAUACCGUCUUUCUAUACGUUCAAUCAUCGAGGUAAAGCCUUGUCCCCGCUGUACGAACCACCUAAUCCGGAAUCCACCGAUCGGGUGUAUUCAUCGGACCAACUACUAGAGUAAUUGAACAUCUGAACCAAAUGUUGAUUAAAAAUAUUC